AUGCAGAUCACACCCUUUGAUUUCCCAACUCAAAGAGGAAAUCCCGAUAACCGAACCUCAGCUUGGCUUUGUGAUGGUUUGAGCCGCCUAAAGGUCGCUCAGGAUUCGCUCCACGAUAUUCUUCAGCUCCCACAGACCCAGGAGUUGUUAAGCCAUAAGCGUGAAUGGGUGGAGAAACUCCUCGAAGAUUUCCUACGUUUUGUCAAUGUUUAUGGGAUCUUCCAAACAUCAUUUCUCUCGCUCAAAGAAGAGCAACUAGCGGCGAAAGUGGCUCUAAGGAGAAAAGACGGCUCGAGGAUCGCUAUCUAUUUGAAAAGUCGCAAGAAGUUGGCUAAAGAGAUAGCUAAGCUCGUGUUCUCUAUCCGAUGCAUCGGACGAUACUCAUUCCCUGCAUCAGCUAAAGUGUCUAUUGCGGAUACUGAGCUGAUCGGUGUUAUCAACGAUGUUAUCCAAGUAACGGUUUCGGUUUCCGUGGGACUUUUCAAUGGGAUUUCAAUGGCGUUUGCUUCUAAAAAAUCGUCUUGGAUCAAGUUGGCGCUGUCUAAGAAAGCCAACAAGGUUGAGGUUGAGGGAAGUAUCAAAGAAUUCGAACAAAUCGGUGAAGCAAACGUGUGGGGUUUGAAAAGGAAGGGGGACGAUGAACAAGUGAAGAUGGUAUUGAAGAGAAUGCAAGACUUGGAUAGAAGCAUUGCUGAUAUCGAAAGUGAUAGCGACAAAGCUUUUAGGAGUCUGAUAAAAGCUAGGUUUUUGCUGCUAAAUAUUCUCACCAAGUAG